UCCGCACCGUGAGCCAAGCCUCCCGCAGUUCUUUAUCUUUAUCUGCCCCUAUAGACAACGCAAAGUGCUUUUGUUGAGUGGCUUCGCGUUUGAACGGGCAUAAUUGUCCAACCAACAGUCGUGUCUCAGUGUUUCAUCGGAUUGGUUGCUGGCAAGUUCUGGAGAUAUACGGUUCUAAAUAGGUGUGUUCUACUUCCGAUGUCACAAUGAAGCUAAUAUACAUUCCCAUAUUAGCAGCUUUUGUAGCUGCUACCCUAUCGGAGAGGUCCUUUACGGUUGACUAUGAGAAGGACACUUUUCUCAUGGACGGAAAACCAUUCCGAUUUAUUUCCGGAUCGUUUCAUUACUUCCGCGCCCUACCAGGAUCAUGGCGGCACAUACUACGUUUGAUGCGUGCCGCUGGACUAAAUGCGGUGAUGACGUACAUCGAAUGGUCGACGCAUGAACCCACGGAGGGAAACUACAAUUGGGAUGGCAUUGCAAACUUGGAACAGUUCAUACAGAUUGCCGAAGAGGAAGAUCUGUAUGUUAUCCUCAGACCAGGUCCGUACAUCUGUGCUGAACGAGAUAUGGGAGGCUUUCCGUAUUGGCUUCUCACCAAGCAUCCGAACGUUAAGUUGCGUACUUACGACUUUGAUUACCUUCAUGAGGUGCAAAAGUGGUAUGGCGUACUCAUGCCAAAGAUUCAAAACCAUCUAUACGGCCGAGGAGGGCCUGUUAUAAUGGUGUCGAUCGAAAAUGAGUACGGAUCAUUUGCGGCAUGUGAUGGAAGAUAUUUGUCGUUCCUUAAGAAUUUAACAGAACAAUACAUUCAAAACGAUGCUGUGCUCUUUACAAACGACGGGCCAGAGCAACUGCCUUGUGGAAGGAUUCCAGGUGUGCUAGCGACUCUCGACUUUGGAACUGCUGGCAGUCCCGACAACUAUUGGAAAAAGUUGCGGAAAUACCAACCCAGAGGACCCUUGGUAAAUGCAGAAUACUAUCCAGGAUGGCUUACGCACUGGAUGGAACCAAUGUCUCGUGUUACCGCUGGACCCGUGGUGACCCAAUUGCGCAAAAUGCUCAGCCAGGGAGCUAGCGUGAACUUCUAUAUGUUCUUUGGUGGAACCAAUUUCGCUUUCACGGCCGGUGCCAAUGAUGGCGGACCGGGAAAAUUCAAUACCGAUGUCACAUCUUACGACUACGAUGCCCCACUAGACGAAGCUGGCGAUCCAACUUCCAAGUAUUAUAACCUCAGGGAUGUUAUAUUGGAGUUUCUACCUCAUCCGGGGUUGUCCGUUCCCGGAAAGCUUCCAAAGAUGAAGUUUCCACCGGUUAAAAUGAGUAGUUUAGGAACGCUACUAUCGGAGCAGGCACGACGGAUCCUCUCAAAAUAUUCGGUGGUAUCACAGAAACCAUUAGGAUUCGAGGCGCUCAAUCAACACUCAGGUUUGAUUUUGUACGAAACUCAAAUUCCAAAAGACCUGCGUCGCGAUCCCCAGAAUCUCAGCGUGAAUAAUUUACACGAUCGCGCCUAUGUCCAUGUAGAUAACAAACUAAUCGGAGUAUUAUCACGUGAAAAUGCCAUCUACUCAUUACCGAUUAGCCUAGGCGUAGGUACUAAACUUCAGCUGGUGGUGGAGAACCAAGGACGCAUCAACUAUGGUAUAGCAAAUGACUUCAAGGGCAUUCUGGGCGCUGUUACCCUUGAUGGACAUGAACUCUUGAACUGGACCAUGACUGGUUUUCCAUUCGAAGACUACUCAUUGUUGGAAAAAUACAUCGAUCAGUACAGCACUUCGGAGGACACUACAAGUUCCGUGAAAAUAUUUCAUGGCGAUUUUGAUAUUACAGCCGAUAAGAUAUUCGACACUUAUUUGGAUCCAAGAGGAUGGGGUAAGGGAGUGGUGUUCAUCAAUGGAUUCAACUUGGGCCGCUAUUGGCCAAUAGUAGGACCACAAGUGACGAUCUACGUGCCACGGCACAUUCUUGUGCAAGGCAAAAACACGAUCGUUAUGGUCGAAUAUCAGAGAGAUAUACCCGAGGAUGCUGUCAUCAAUUUUACAGACGUGCCUAUUCUUGAUGGACCGGAUAACUGAUAUUGAUACUUAAUAUAUUUAUUGUGUACGUAUACAACCAUCAACUUAAUUCUACUUAAUCGAAAGUUUGAAAUGCCUGAUACCGAUGUACGUACAGCCGACUAAAAGUGAGACCAACAAUAUUUUGUGAAGACAACUA